GCAGCCUAACAUGGGAGAAAGACAAGCUGAAGUACACUUUCAUGGCGAAGUCGACGCUAGCUAAGUAGCUACGACCAAAGCUAAUGGUAGCCAAGCUAGCGAUCCUAAGACUAAAGUCCAUUUAAAAGUAAUUACAGAUUCCAAGCAACACAAUAUAUAUGUACAAACAACCAAGUAUUAAUACAGUAUUAUGUACAUUUAGACUCCCGUAAUACAUCGCCAAAGUGUGGAUUCAUGUUUAACUGCUCUGACUACCUACCUCUCCCAGCCGGGAUAUACACAGACUGAGGAGAGGAGGCAGCAAUGUAAAAUACAACCCCCGCAUUCCGCUAGAGGGAGCUCUAGCACUCCAACCAAGGCUCCCACUACCACAGCCAGCUCAAGGAUCUCGCUGGCAAUGGCAAGUGGGAAGCAUUAACCCUGCUACAUCCGCUCUGUGUGUUCACACUGACUUGACGCUGGACUCGGAUCUGGAAACAUUUUCAGCGUCAACACAAACUGAGAGAAACUUUUCUACCGGACACUUUAGGUGCGGACACCUUCCGGUUCCGACCCGCGACUCCACUGGGUCAACGCCCGCGUCCUGAUCCGAAUCUGAGGCUCGAACUUCGGCCGGUGACUGAGCGAGGUAGCGCCCGACGUUAGCCACACAGUCCGCUAACCGGAGGAGGAGGAGAAGGAGGUGGAGAAGGAGAAGAAGCAGGAAAGCAGGGUUUAGGAGAAUGGCAGUGAACAGAGGUCGUCUCCCUCAGUGAGGGAGGAGGAGGAGGAGGAGGAGGAGGAGGAGGCUCAAGAUGGAGCGAGCUCACAGCCUCCUGCUGAACGAGGAUGCGUGCAACCAGCUGGCUGAACACCAGAGGGCAGAGUUCAUCUUCGAAUGGCUGAACCACCUGAAGAAGCUGCUGCCGGCGGCUGACAGGGUCGACAUCAGACAGAACCAGCGGCGCCUGGUCGAGCAGCUGUCCUGCGUUCUGAUUGGCUCUCCUGGCCCCCCCACCCGCUGGCUGCUGGCCCACUGCUUGGCCCUGCUCUACCGCCUGGGAGACCCCUUGCUGUCCAGCUUCUUAGUGGAUAGGUGCAAUGACAUCAUCCGCAGCAAAGACGACUCUCCCUCAGGCCUCCCCACCCGGCUGGCGGCGGUGGCGUGUCUCGGCGCUCUGCACGAGCAGCUGGGUCGGAUGCUGCUCGGCUCCUGUAAAGAAACUGUGAGCAACCUGCUGAAGGCCAUGAAGAGCGCAGAGUCUCAGGGGCGGUACGAGAUCAUGCUGAGUGUGGAGAAGCUCCUCCGCGGUCUGGGGGGCAGUGCGGUGCCGUGGCACCGGGACAUCUACAAGGCAGCGAGGACCUGCCUGACGGACCGGUCCAUGGCCGUCCGCUGCGCCGCCACCAAGUGUUUGCUGGAGCUGCAGCGGGAGGCGGUGUUCCUGUGGACCAGCGAGUUGGAGAACGUGGCCACUCUGUGCUUCAGGGCCUUCGAAGGGUCCAACCACAACGUGCGGGUGUGCGUGGCCCGGCUGCUGGGGACGCUGCUGGCCGCGGCCGUGGAGCCGCCUGCCGCUGCCCCCAGGCCGGGUGGGCGGGGUCGGAGCUCUCUGGAGGAGGCCAUGGACCUGCUGACGGCAGGGUUCCUGCGAGGGGGGGCGGGGUUCCUCCGGGCCAGUGGAGACAUGCUGAAGGGGACGAGCUCCGUCAGCAAGGACAUCCGCAUCGGUGUCACUCAGGCCUGCGUGGUCUUCGUCUCCACCCUGGGAGGCCCCUGGCUGGAGGCCAACCUCCCGGCCUUCCUGUCGGUGCUGAUGGAGCUGGCGUCCCACAGCCGAGCCACACAGACGCCGGGCGACGCUGUGGUGACCCGCCGCUGCGUCUCCUUCAUCCUGAGGAGCACCCUGGGCUCCCUGCUGGGAGAGAAGGCCCAGACCAACGCUGUCCAGCAGCUGUGCCUCAACGUGGCCGCUCAGAAACGAGCCACAGAUGCAGCGCUGACCGAUGGGAACGUGGAGACCAGAGUGUCAGCUGCAGAGAUCUCAGCCAGUCAACAUGUGCUGGUUUGUUGUCUGCUGGAACUGGGAGGACUCAUUCAAGGACUGGGAUCCACUGCGGCCCCCCUCCUCACUGACAGCAGCACAGCCCUCCUGGACACAGUGGUCUCCGUCCUCGUCCACCCCGUCUCCAUCACCCGCCUGGCCGCCGCCUGGUGCCUGCGCUGCAUUGCCACAGCGAUGCCCUCCCAGUGCUCCAUGCUGGUGGACCACUGCUCCCAGCGCCUGAUGGCGUCCAAGUCCUCGCCCGAGGCCGUGCUGGGAUACGGAGCCGCUGUCGCCGCCCUGGUGGCCUCAGUGCAACACUGCCCCCUGGGAAUCCCACACACCAAGGGCACGGCGGUGCUGGCUCUGGCUGAAGACCUCCUCCUCUCGGCUGCUCAGAGCAGUCGGGUCUCUCUGCAGCGGACUCAGGCCGGCUGGCUGCUCGUGUGCUCUCUCAUCACUCUGGGCCCUGCUGUAGUGGAGCAUCACCUCCCCCGCCUCCUCCUCCUGUGGCGCUGUGUGUUUCCUGCCUCGCUCAGGGAGCAGGAGAUGGAGCUGCGCCGUGGGGACUACUUCACGUGGCAGGUUACGCUGGAGGGACGUGCGGGUGCACUCUGCGCGAUGAAGAACCUGCUGCUGCACUGCAGGGAGCUGGUCACUGAUGACAUCAUGGGCCGUCUGCUCACGCCAUUGGCCUGCGCCGUGUCCCUCCUCACCAAGAUGCCGGCUCUCCUCAGGUCUCACAGCUCUUCAGUUCGUAGCUGCUCCCUGGUCUACAGGCUGAGAGUCUACGAACUGCUGGCUCUGCUGCCUCCACACACCUACCAGGAGAGCUUCGGUUUGGUGAUGAACCAGCUGGUCUCAGAUCUGUCCGGCCAGGACAACCUGAACCAGCCGUGCUCCGACCGCACUCUGCUGCCCCCCCUCUGUCACCAGGAGGACCUGCAGCUGGUCGGCCCCGCCCUCCACAGCACCGACCACAGAUAUGUCGAGGAGCAGCUCCACGGCAGCAGUGUGGGGGGGGGCUCUCUGGACAACGACCUGUUCAGUCUGUGUGACAGAGGAGACGAAGCUCCUGCUGCUCCUCUUCCUCCUCCGGUCGCCCUGACCGCCGCCGCCGCCCGUCUCUUUGGAGCCGUCUUCCCCCACGUCAUCUCUGCUCAGAGAGUGAAGAUCCUGGAGCAGUUUGUAGAAACCGUGAAUCAGCUGAAGGGUCAACGCCAGCAGACCGUCCAGACCCAUGUGUGUGCUGCCCUCUGCAGUCUGCUCAAGCACCAGGGGGGUGUUCGGGGCUCUCUGGGGCCGGAGGAGAUCCGAUCCCCGGCGUUGUCUCUCCUGUCGGGGGCGCUGGAGAGCAGCAGUCCUCUGCUGCGCUGCCUGGCUGCUGAGGGGCUCUCCCGGCUGGUUCAGGUGGUCGGAGACCCCGGCUUCACCGUGUCCGUCUCCCUGCUCUGCUUCGACAGGCUGAAGACGGUUCGGGACGCGGCCUCCCGCAGUGGCUACGCUCUGGCUCUGGGGGCGCUGCACCGCCACACCGGAGGAAUCAGCUCGGCCCAGCACCUGUCCACCUGCCUGGGAGUCCUGUUCACCCUGAGCCAGGACAGCACGUCCCCUGAGGUCCAGACCUGGUCUCUCCACAGUCUGUCCCUGCUGGUGGACCUGUCCGGCGGUCUGUAUCGGGCCCACGCCGAGCCCUCCUUCUCUCUGGUGCUCCGGCUGCUGCUGUCUGCCCCCCCCACCCACCCCGAGGUCCACUUCAGCCUGGGACGCUGCAUGCACGCCCUCAUCACCUGCCUGGGCCCCGACCUGCAGGGUGAAGGUGCGGCCGUGUCCUCCCUGCGCUCCAGCUGUCUGGUGGGAUGUGGGGUGAUGCAGGCCAGUCCCGACUGUCUGGUCCAGGCCAGAGCCAUCUCCUGUCUGCAGCAGCUGCACAUGUUCUCCCCUUCACACGUCAACCUGGCCAGCCUGGUCCCUGCGCUCUGUGAGAUCUUGUUGGAUUAUUCCUUGUUGGCCAACCUGUGCAGCUCGUACCUGUGUCUCCGUCGGGCGGUGGUGGCGUGUCUGCGGCAGCUCGUCCAGCGGGAGGCGCUAGAGGUCUCCGAACACGCAGUGACUCUGGUCAAAGAGCUGCCGAGAAGAGACAACACACAUCUGGACGUCACGAUAAAGGAAGUGGGUCUGGAGGGAGCUCUGUUCACUCUGAUGGACCGGGAGUCGGAUCCAGGUCUGAGGAGGGACAUCCAGGAGACUCUGGUCCACAUGAUCUCAUCCAGCGCCACCAGUGGGAAGCUGGGACACUGGCUUAAACUCUGCAAAGACGUCCUGUCUGCCACCACUGACUGCCGCGCCCCGGUGGAGGCGACUCAGGAGGACGAGGACGCCGGCAGAGACGACGACUCCUCAGCCUUCGGCGCCCGGCCGGAGUCUGGAGGUCCGUUCACGGCCCUGCGCUGGGCCACGCGCCGCUUCGCCAUGGCGUGCGUGUGUCGCAUCAUUGAGCAGUGUGAAUCCUCUGACCCGGCUCACUUCGACAUGGCUCUGGCUCAGGAGCGGAGACUGGAUGAGUCCACCGACUUCCUCGUCCUUCACCUCGGGGACCUGGUCCGCAUGGCGUUCAUGGCGGCGACGGAUCACAGUGACCAGCUGAGACUGGGGGGGCUCCAGACCCUGCUGGUCAUCAUCAGGCACUUCUCACACAUCCCCGAGCCGGAGUUCCCCGGUCAUGUGAUCCUGGAGCAGUACCAGGCGAAUGUGGGCGCUGCACUCAGACCAGCCUUCGCUGCUGAUGCAGCUCCUGACGUCACGGCCAAGGCCUGCCAGGUCUGCAGCGCCUGGAUUGCCAGCGGCGUCGUCAGCGACCUCCGCGACCUCCGGCGCGUCCAUCAGCUCCUGGCCUCCUCAUUGGAUAAGGUCCAGGUCGGGGGGGGCACGGUCAGUCAGCUGCACAAUGAGGCCACAGCCACCAUGGAGACGCUGGCCGUCCUGAAGGCCUGGGCCGAGGUUUACAUCGUGGCCGUUCAGAGAAGUGGACAGACGGCUGACCUGUCCCUCUCCUCAACGGCCAAUGACAGCGUGGGGUCCGAGUCAGGAGGGGCGGGGCUGCUGAAGCUGGUCCAGUCAGAUCUGUCGACGCUCAGUCGUCUGUGGCUGGCGGCGCUGCAGGACCACGCCCUGCUGACCCUCCCUCAGGAGUACGCCCCCCUGCUGCCUGCCGCCGGAGGCUCCUUCUACACAGCAGAGACGGUGAAUCAGGCCAGAGCUCAUUACUCCUCCUCCUGGGCGCCCAUCCUCCACGCCACCUCCCUCUGGCUGCACAGCACAGGGUUUGUGAUGUCAGACGACUCGCCUGUGAACCUGUCCCGACCGGCCACGCCCACCUCCAUGGGCCACACUGCCUCUGUGGGCGGAGCUAAGAGUCCAGAGGAGGUCGGCGCUGACAGACUUCACUUCAUCCUCGGCAUCAGUGUGGAGUUCCUGUGUUCUCCACACUCUGAGGACCAGAUGCAGAACAUCACUUCCUGUCUGCGAGCUCUGCAGGCGCUGCUGGACGUCUCGUGGCCACGAGCUAAGAUCGGAAACGACCAGGCUCUGAGCGUGGAGCUGCUGAGCGUCCUCCACCGGCUGAUGGUGACCAGGGAGUCCGUGUCCGUCCAGCUCGCCGUGAUGGACUUACUGCGACAGAUCGUGACGGCUGCUCAGGAGCACGUGAGGGAGAAACGCCACAGUGCCGAGGUGGACGACGGUGCAGCGGAGAAGGAGACGCUGCCGGAGUUCGGAGAGGGACGGGACACCGGCGGGUUGAUUCCUGGACGCUCGCUCGUGUUCGGAGCGCUGGAGCUCUGCCUCUGUGUCCUGGUCCGGAAGCUCCCACAGCUCAGCCCCAAACUGGCCGGGACCAGUCCAACUGGUCCUGGGGGUUCGGUCUGGAGUCUGACGGACAGCGACUGUCGUCUGGUGGCGUCUUCGCUGAGUGUCCUGUCAGAGCUGCCGUCCAUCUGCUCCCCUGAAGGCAGCGUGUCCGUCCUGCCCACCGUCCUCUACCUGCUGCUGGGAGUCCUCAGAGAGCUGGUCCACCAGCCCAGCUGUCACACUGGUGCCCCGGCGGCGGGCGCAGGGGGCGGGGCCGGUGUGGUGGUCCAGGCGUCUCUUCAGGCUCUGAGGUCCGUCCUGACGAGUCCCAUGAGUCGACAGGAGAAGAGUGGAGGAGCCUGGACCCAGCUGCUGAGGUCCGCUCUGCACACACUGCUGGGACUGUGGGACGCUGGGGACUGUGUGGUGGAUCACAUCGGCCUCCUCACAGCUCUCAGCGUCUUCCUGCUCUGGGCUGGUCCGGAGGUCUGCACCGUGGAGCCGCUGCUCGCCCUCACUCUGCAGCGCUUCACCUCCAGCAUGGAGGCCAAGCAGCCUGAGGUGGUGAGCCGGUGCUUCCAGCUGCUGACGUCCGUGUUCCAGGCUCAGCCGGGCGUGGCCGUCCCGUACAUCCAGGCCCUCGGCCCGCCGCUGGUUCGAUUCCUCCAGAGGACGGAGAGGAGUCGGCCUCAGAGUCCAGAGGAGCUGCUGGGGGUCCUGGAGGGGGUUCGAGCCCUGGAGGCUCUGGUCCAGGCUGCGGACGAGGCCCAGCGCCCCCCGCUGGUGGCCAUCUUGCUGCCGCUCCUCAUCUCCUUCCUGCUGGAUGAAAACGCCCUCGGCUCGGCCCCCCCCGCCUCGCGCUCCCUCCACGAGGCGGCGCUCCAGGACCUGAUGCGUCUCGGGCCCCAGCACUCGGCCGUCUUCAGGUCUCUCAUCGCCUCGUGUCCUCACCUCAAGUCCCGCCUGGAAGCUGCUGUCAAAGGAAACCAGGAGACUGUCAACGCUAAGGCUAGUGGCGCCCACCCCGCCAAGUCCUCCCCCAGCAUCACCCUGAAAACCAACUUCCUGUGAGGUCCACCUCGUGUUGCUGCGUUCGCUGUCCCCUGAGACGACAGGUCCUGUUUGAGAGACGGACGGCUCACAUCACUUCAUCCAGAAGAGUGACCGCUGCUCGCUUUCAUCCUGUCACCUUCACGUUCAGCAGCUUCACCUCCAGCUUCUCUUCUCCCUGCAGGGAGGAGCAGCUCCAGGAGGCGUCCUCCUGAUUCUCCCUGCAGGGAGGAGCAGCUCCAGGAGGCGUCCUCCUGAUUCUCCCUGCAGGGAGGAGCAGCUCCAGGAGGCGUCCUCCUGAUUCUCCCUGCAGGGAGGAGCAGCUCCAGGAGGCGUCCUCCUGAUUCUCACUGUGAGACGAGCAGCCGCAAAAACAACAAAUCAACACAAUGAGAACGUGACACAGAAGAAACAAAGAACAUUGCUCUGGUCUGUAGCCUCAUACAGAAACCAGGAGGCCUGACGGUGGAUCAGUCAGAGAAACAGCCAGUGAUGAAAUAUUAAUUACACUAUUAUUACUAUUAUGAACACAGCUGAUCUAGAAUAAUAAUAAUCGUACCAGGUGGGAGGUGUGUACUCUACAUACUCCGAGGUGCUCUCCUUUUAAACAAUCAACAUGUAUAAUCAGGACAAUAUGAUAUAGUAAUAAACAAACUAUGAUCGAUGGCUCGUGUGUUGAGGAGACGUAGAUUCUUGCAGUUGGACGACUGUCCCCUGAGGACUUGGGGGGGGGGGGGGGGGAGCCUGGAAGGGACAGAUGAGCCUCGAUCAGCACUUUAGAUUAACAACACUACAGUCUUCAUAACGACACAGUUUAUAUCCACGACUGGUUUGUAGAACCUCAGUUUAACGUGAAUCAUCUCAAUGUGAAUAUCCAGUAGGAGUUGACGUUGCUCUGAUGUGAGUCUUCACGAUCACUACGUGUGUAACGUUAGCACGACAGCUGCUUGUUUCCUCCACGUCACAAACCUCCUCUCCUCUUCCUCUGACCUCCACCGAAGGGAAACUGUUAGAAACACAGAGUCUCACUUUAUCUAAUGAAGAUUCACCUGCAAUAAUGAUUCAACCAGGUGAGCUCCAGUCUUCCAGCUACAGCAGCUUCGCACACACAUACACACACACACAUACACACACACACACAGCUGCACUACAGGGUGUGUGUGUGUGUUCAGGAGUGUGGGAGUUCACCUGGUUGUCUCUUGAAUGUGUUAACUUGAUAUUUUCUAACGACAGCAAGUGAAUAAAAGGUUUUAAUUCUAAUUCA